UUGACAUUUGACUACUCGGUCUUCGUCUUGGCAAGUAAUACUUUAGACUAGCACAGUACACUUCUUUGGUUUGCCUACAUCAAUCUGCCAUUCCAUCCUGCUUCACCUCAAAUCUUCACAAAUUUCUCUCACAGCUACUGAACACAUUCUUUAGCAUCAACAAUAGUCAUGGAGCUAACAUUUCUAUUGUUAUCUCUAGCUCCAUUGGUCCUACCACUUGUUAUUAGCAUCUUUGCUUUCAAGUACUCAUCCCGUAGUGCCAAAAACCUGCCACCGGGGAGCCUGGGCUGGCCUAUCUUUGGCGAAACACUCGAAUUCUUGUUUGGUAAGCCCAAAGAGUUUGUGUUUCACAGGAUGAAGAAGUACUCUUCUGAUAUCUUCAAGACCAAGAUUCUUGGAGAGGAGACUGUGGUGAUGUGUGGCCCUGAUGGACACAAAUAUCUCUUCACCAACGAGCAGAAACUUUUCACUGUAUUUCGAACUCAUUCGAUGCAGAAGCUCUUUCUUUCCGAUGAAGCUUCUGCUCCGAUUGAAAUUACACGCGAAGCUGAGUCUAAAAUCAUAAGAUCACCUGGGUUCUUGAAGCCUGAGGCAUUGGUCAGGUACUUGGGGAAAAUGGACUCCAUUACACAGCAGAAAAUGCAAGCUUAUUGGGAAGGAAAAGAUGAAGUCAAGGUCUUUCCUUUCGCGAAGACACUGACUCUGUCUCUUGCCUGUCGCUUUUUCUUGGGCUCUGAUGAUCCUGAACGUAUAGCUAGGCUUGUCAGCAAUUUUGAUGAUGUAACCCUAGGUAUGCAUUCCAUUCCUUUGAAUUUCCCUGGAACAACUUUUUACAGGGCUAACAAGGCUGCAACUGCAAUCCGCGAGGAGCUACGAUUAGUCAUCAGUGAGAAAAGAGCCAUUAUGGCCGAAGGAGGACAGGUGCAGGAUGUACUAUGCCAUAUGAUCUUGGCCACGGACCCUUCAGGCAAACACAUGGCAGAAGCUGAGAUUGCUGGCAUGAUGAUGGGUUUACUAGUUGCAGGAUAUAGUACAGUGGCUACUGCUAUGACAUUCUUUAUGAAAUAUGUUGGACAGAGGCCUGACAUUUAUGCUAAGAUCCUAGCUGAGCAAACAGAGAUUGCAACAGCUAAAAAGGCAGGAGAGGUACUAGACUGGAAUGACAUUCAGAAGAUGAAGUACUCAUGGAAUGUAGUCUAUGAAGUGAUGAGGCUCACACCUCCAAUCCAGGGAACUUUCAGAGAGGCCUUGACUGAUGUUACUUAUGCAGGAUACACCAUUCCAAAGGGAUGGAAAAUAUACUGGACAGUCAGCACAACAAACAAGAAUCCAAAGUACUUCCCAGAUCCUGAAAAGCUUGACCCAUCUAGACACGAAGACGGAAAGGCCUUUCCUCCGUUCACGUUCGUACCUUUCGGAGCUGGACCUAGAAUGUGCCCUGGAAAAGAGUAUGCUCGACUAGCAAUUCUGACUUUUGUUCACAACGUCGUCAAGAGGUACAAGUGGGAGGUCGUGUUUCCUGAAGAAAAGAUCGUUGGUGAUAUGAUGCCAAGUCCUGAAAAGGGACUUCCAAUUCGCCUUCAAUCGCACUGAUGCCGAAAGGCUAGCUUGCUUCGAUCUGGCUCGGGGUAAUUAGGCUUUGGAUUGUAGAAUAAACCAGCUAGACUGGGCAUGAUCUUAAUAAAAUGUGAUUUUAUCCAUCACCUUUCCUUGUUGGUGAUCAUGUCAUCUUGUCACUUGUAAUUCAUUACUAGAACAUUUCCUUGUU